UUUAAUGGUGCCGCAGCAGGGAGACUGACAUAUGGAACCAGUGCUGGCGCUGGUGGAUAUGGAGUCAGGAAAUGGAUAGAAUCUAAGCCAGGAUGUUGGAGGCCAGCAAAUGGAUAUGAAGGGCAAGAACAGAGGGAGGCAGGUUCAAGAGAAGGACCAAACGGCAAUCGCAAAGUACUGUCUGGAGGACAAGAUGGAAGUGGACCCUCAGAGGAUGAGACCUGCCCCAUCUGUAUGGAUGAGUUUACCGAUAAAGAGAAGCUGUUGUGUGGCCAUGCUUUCUGUAAGGACUGCCUAAGACAGUCAGUGGAAAGCAUGGGUGCCACCUGCCCGGUGUGCAAGAAGGUGUUUGGAAAGAUUGUGGGAGACCAGCCCGAUGGAACGAUGACACACUAUACACAGAAUAUAUGCCUUCCUGGGUUUAAACGAUGUGGCAGCAUAGUCAUUAACUAUCACAUUCCCAAUGGCCUUCAGUCAAGCAAACAUCCCAAGCCAGGUCGACCGUUCCAUGGUGCACAAAGAACAGCUUACUUGCCAGACAACAAGGAAGGGAGGGAGGUACUGGCACUCCUGAGAAAGGCCUUUGACCAGAAGUUGAUAUUUACAGUGGGCACUUCACGCACCAGUGGCAGGGAUGACUGUGUGACCUGGAACGAUAUCCAUCAUAAAACCAACAUCCAUGGAGGAGCACAAAGAUUUGGCUACCCGGAUGAUUACUACCUGCAGAGAGUGCGAGAUGAACUCAAAGCCAAAGGCAUUGAGUAAAGAAGCUGCCAUAAUAACAGCUUAGAUGCCAACAGCAGUGGAUGUCUGCGAUAAUAUUUAGUCCUUCAACCUUUAUGCUGUAAUGAUUACGUACAUAUUUGUUUUUUCUUGGUUAUGGGAACGUUGCUUGAAAGUUGCGAAUGUUGUCCUAUGGUUUGCCAGGAAAGGUUUUCUGAUGGAAAUACUACUUU